AUGGAGGAGGGGGGAGACGCAUCCCUGGAGGCCCGGCCCGGCGUCCUGCUCGUCGGCGCCCCCGGCGUGGGCAAGCGAACCAUCCUCUCCCGGUUGAUUGGGACGGAAUUACCGGACACAUCCGACUUGUCCUCAGGUGUGCUCUGUCAGGGGUGGAAAAUUGACACCAAGUACUACUCUGCUGAUAUUUCCAUUUGGACAACACAUCUUGAGGAAGGGUUUUCUCUCGGCUCGCUCCCUCAUCUGGACCAGUUGGCUGCUCUCAUUAUGGUCUUCGAUAUGAAUGAUGAACCGUCCUUACUUACGCUCCGAAACUGGGUUGGUAAUAUUGAUGUUCAGAGGUUUGAAGUUCUGCUGUGCAUCGGAAAUAAAGCAGAUCUUGUGCCUGGCCAUGGUGCGCAUGUGGAAUACAGGAGGCGCAUGCAAAGGAUUGGCGAGUCAAGUAGUGAUCCACAUCCUGAAUAUUUGGAUUUUGGGAUAAAUGAAAAUGAAGGUUGUGGUUUGUUAUCAGAGGAAGAACCACAAAUAGAGAUCAGAGACUCCACUUUGAAGUGGUGCAUUGAGCAUAAUAUUGAGUAUAUUGAAGCUUGCGCUUCCAAUGCUGACUUUGACAAAUGCCUAUCAGUGGAUGGUGAUAGCCAAGGCCUAGAGCGACUCUUUGGAGCCCUUUCUGCACACAUGUGGCCUGGAAUGAUUCUGAAAUCUGGAAACAAAAUUACCACUCCAUCCUUGGUCGAAAAAGAUGAAUCUACAGAUGAUGAAUUGACUUAUGAAUUUGACUACGAGGUCCUAUCCCAUGCAUCUGAUGAGCAAUGGGAAUUCGUCGGUGAAUCGAGUACAUCAAGAAGCUUGGAAGGAUUGGAUGAAGCUAAAUCUAUGCAGGACAACACACAGCAAGUUGUGAACGGCAAUGCUAGUUCUUUGGCGCCCAACCCUCUUCCACAUGACAGAUCUACAGAACCUGCCAAAGAAAAUCCUGUAACUCAGAGUCACACAACUGAAGAUAGUAAUAAUCAUGUGGAUAACACUGAAGCAGAUACUUCUGAGGAGGACCAGCGAACUGACACCCCAGAGGUUGAUACACUGUUUGAGGAUGAUCACUAUGGCGUAGAUGAUCUGGAGCGACUAAUGUCAGAGAUUGGCAACAUGCGCUCCAACCUAAGGCUCGUUCCUGACUUCCAAAGGAGGGAGAUGGCUGCCAAGAUAGCCAUGAAAAUGGCAACCAUGUUUGGUGAUAGUGACGAUGAGGGCUUCCAUGCUGUCUAA